CUGCUCUAUGAUUCUAAGUAGUCGAUCACAAGCAUCAGCAAUGGAAGAGAUUUCUCUCUACACGGAACAAUGCGACAAGACCUUGACGCACAUGCAGAAAUGGUAUCGUCAUCGACUUUUGUUUGAAACGGGACUGCGUGAAAUAGCGUGCAAGGUUGAUGAAAAUAAGGAGGACAGUGAAGGAAGUGGAGUUGCUUCAGGGGAUGAAAACGCUGAUGUUGAUGUUGAUCAAAAGAGUAGCGUGUCGGCAGACUUCGACCACCUUGCGUUUGUCGCGGAGAAGGACUACAGUUUGACCGACAGUUUUGUCGACUCUGUCAUAACACUCCAAAGAGCGGAGGAAUCGCUUCUAUCUCAAAUCAGCUUCGAAAGAAACGAUGGAGAAGUUCGCCCUUCAUCUUAUCCUUCCAGUCUAAGCGUUGACGUAGUGAUGGCAAUUGUCUGGAGUCUUAGUCGUCGCCAUCUCUCUAAGCCAGAGUUUCUGCAUGAAGUUCUCCAUACACUGUGCGACCUGGAACCCUUAUCCUGGUACGCGGUAGCUGUCGAAGAGAGGAAGAAACCGUUUGAGGAGAGCUCACUUUCUGGUCGUUGUAUGGCUAUGUAUCUACGCGCAGUUGCUUAUAAAGUGAGGUGCGAAUGUGAACACGUACGUUGCAUGGUGCUGGAAUACCUAGGCGCCGUGUACAACGAGCCUGCGCAUGGUGGAGCAUAGGUCUACUCGCAGAUCAUGUGAAGAUUCGCACAUUUUGAACAGUCUUUUUUUACUGCCUCUUGUUCUGAAGAUACAGUAUAUGUGUACAUUAACCAUUUUCCGUUUUUUGUUUCAUCCAAAUGGCAUGUAUUUACAUUACAGUUUUUUGUUACAUCCUUGUUUAAAAUCACUUGUGUAUGGUGAAGAAGCUUUACCCUGUGAAUGAAG